GUUUUUAGAGAGAGAAUAUUGAAAAGAGAAAAACAGGAAAAAGGAACACGGGAGAGUGAUGAUGUUUCCUUUUGGCUUUCAAUUUUGAUAUAUAUUAUUAUGUUUAGUGUCUGUCUAAUACUACUACAACUUUAGGGCGCCCGAAAGAGAGGCCGUAAAAAAGAUAAAAGUUGUACCUUUGAUCACGAAUUCAUCAUCCAUCAUCUUCUUAAUUACUAAUUUCAGUUUCUCUCCUCUCCAAUUCUCGCAUACCCAAAUUCUGAUCCGGUCCCAGAGAGAAUAUCCGUACUUUUAUCAUCCAUUUGAUGAACUGUUUGAGAACAAUUUGAGAUGAAAACAGGUUUGAUUAGUACGAUCCAGCAAACGCUGACUCAAGAAGCGGCGUCUGUUCUUAAUCGUUCGAUUGCGGAGGCGGGUCGGAGGAAUCAUGGUCAGACCACGCCUCUUCAUGUUGCUGCAACCUUAUUAGAUUCGCCUACUGGACUUCUCAGGCAAGCAUGUAUGACAUCGCACCCAAAUUCUUCACAUCCUUUGCAGUGUAGGGCACUUGAUCUCUGCUUUAGAGUUGCACUCGAGCGAUUACCAACUGCAGGACAGAAGGUGUCGGAUACGCCGCUUUCAAACGCUCUAACGGCGGCGUUGAAAAGAGCUCAGGCACAUCAACGACGAGGUUGUCCGGAAAAUCAACAGCAACCUCUUUUAGCUAUUAAGGUUGAGCUUGAACAGUUAAUUAUUUCGAUUCUUGAUGACCCGUCUGUAAGUAAGGUUAUGCGUGAAGCUAGAUUCUCGAGUCCAGCUGUGAAAGCUGUAAUUGAACAAUCGAUUAGCUCUCAGUCUCAAUCUGAGACCAUUUUUCCCAAUUCUUCACCGAUCGGAAAUAGGUUUCGGCCAGCGCCGUUUGUUAUUGGUCCAUCCCCUGCCACAACUGCCCGGAACCAAAACUUAUACAUCAGUCCGCGGCUGCAACAGAGGAAGAACUCAUGGCAAUCGGGUGAACAUAGAACCGAUGAGACGAGAAAUGUGACUGAGAUCAUGAUGAGAAGAAAGAAGAGAAACCCAAUUCUAGUCGGGGAAUCGGAACCGGCUGCUGUGUUGAAGGAGGUUUUGAGAAGGAUUGAAAAUGGAGAAGCGGGAGAAGGGUUAUUGAAGAAUGCGGAGGUUAUCCAUUUAGAGAAUCAAAUACCCAGAAAGAUUAAUGAACUGGGCGGUCUAAUCGAGUCGAGGAUUGGAAAUUCUAACAAACGUGGAAUCGUUCUUGAUUUGGGUGAUCUGAAAUGGCUGGUGGAGCAACCGGUGUCUGAAAUUGCGAAAGCUACUGUGGCGGAGAUGGGGAAGAUUUUAUCAUCGUUGGUUGAAGAUGACGGCGGCGGCGGUGGUAUAUGGCUGAUCGGAACUGCUAGUUGCGAAACUUACUUGAGAUGCCAAGUUUAUCAUACAUCAAUGGAGAAAGAUUGGGAUCUGCAGGCUGUUCCUAUUACAUCAAGAUCACCUCUUUCAGGAAUCAUUCCAAUGUCUGGGACGAAUGACAGCAUCCAUAACCCAUAUGUUAAUCCCUUGAUCUCUAUGAAAACCUCUCCUCCAAUGCCUCUAAUCAAUACAAGAACUCGAUGCUGUCCGAUCUGUACUAACAAUUAUGAGCAGGAUCUUGCAAAACUAAUGUUGGUUUCGUCUGAGACAAAAACAGAGACCAAAAGACCACCAUUGUUGCCAAGGUGGUUACAGAAUGCUAAAACCGACAGUCAGCAAAUGGAAGAUGAUCAUUCCAAGGUUUUCAAGACAGAGUCACAGGAACUCCACAAGAAAUGGGUGGAUACUUGUUUUCUCAUUCACCCAAGUUUUCAUCAGAAUCCUCAACCAAGAUUACAAACUCUUCAACUCAGUACUAAUCCAGAAGCUCCAGCGAGUCCUGUAAGAACCGAUCUCGUCCUCGGCCGUGAAAAACCAAAUCGCGAUUGCGUCAAGGAUUUGUUAGGUUGUGUAUCUAAAGGAGAAGAUACUACAGACACAUUCAAGAAGCUCUUGAAAGGUCUGACUGAGAAAUCAUGGUGGCAAAAAGAAGCAGCUUCUGCAUUAGCCACAGCCAUCACUAGAACUCGAGGCUGUUUAACAAAGGGCGAUGUUUGGUUACUAUUCGCCGGUCCAGAUAAGGUUAGUAAAACGAAGAUGGCUUCGGUUUUAGCACAACAGAUAUACGGAGCAGAUCCGAUAACAAUUUGCCUUGGAUCGAACCGGGGAGAUAACGACGUGAGAUAUCGCGGGAAAACAUCGCUUGAUCGGAUCGUGGAAGCGGUUAGGAGGAAUCCCUUGGCAGUUAUUGUGCUCGAUGAUAUUGACGAAGCCGAUCCGUUACUCCGUGGGAGCAUCAAAGGCGCGAUGGAGAAAGGCCGUCUUACCGAUUCGCAUGGCCGUGAAAUCAGUCUUGGAAACAUUAUAUUUAUUAUGAUGGUAAAACCUGACAAUAUUGAAGAUCCUAAUGAGACAAUGUAUGGGUCAGUUUUGGACUCGAAUUGGCGAAUGAAGGUUUCGGUUCAAGAACGUUGUUCGAAGAGAAGAGCCAAUUGGUUGGACGAUGACGACAAAGAAAAAGAAGAAGAUAGAACGAAAAUGCAAAGGAAAGGUUUAUCGCUCGACCUCAAUCUUCUUCUCGAAAACGACUACGAGGAAACACAAUUGACGACGACAACAAUGCCUCACGAGCUGGCAAUCCACAUUGACGAUUCAAUCUUGUUUAAGCCGGUUAAUUUUGGGGCGAUUCGAAUGGAGAUUGAGAACAGGAUAAAGGAGAGUUUUAUGACUAUAAUUGGCAAGGAACAUACAAUAGAAUUGGAAGGGACAGCAGUUGAGAAAGUUGUUGGAGAAACAUGGCUUGGGAAUUUGAGUCUUGAAGAUUGGAUUGAGAAGGUUGUGUCGCCGAUCUUCGAGCAGGCUCGGUCGCACCUUUCGGGCAAGACAAUGGUGGUUCGGCUCAUGCUUGACGACGAUGGUUCGGAUCAUGGAAGCGAAAAGGGUCAAGUGAGGUUAGUGGUGGAGGGAAGGACAUAAUUUGGGUAUUUCCCUAUUUUGAAAGGAGUAUAGAUGUUAUUGUAAAUCUAUUUCUUCACUUGGAUGUUCAUAGUCAAAAUAAAUAAUAUGUUGCUAGUGUAAUAAGGAAAUAUACUAUUAUUGAAUAUUGAUUAAUACAUUGGACAGGGUUAAUAUAAUUAGGUCUAUUUGAGACAAAUGUUUAUCAUUUUAUUUU